CUCCCAAUUAUAUGCCUUGAAAUGUGCUUUCAUUUUGGAAUUCUAUUGCUAAGUUGGGUUUCUUUUCAAAGGCACUUGUUGAAGGAAAAAGAGAAACCAUAAGAAAUAGUUGAAGGCUGCUGAAAAGAGUGAAGCCGUUAUGAGUUACCAGAAUGCUGCAUUUGAGUUGAACAAGGGGUCCCGGCCUGGGCCAAAGAGCUCCGAGAGGACAGAAGGUGCUACUGCAGGUGAAGACCAUGGCACAGUUCUGCUGGAAAACCAGCUCAGUGUGGGCGACUUUGUCAAAAUACAGAGGGCCUUUGAGCCCUCAGAGCCAAGGCAAACCAUUUGUAUGUCCAGAGAAGAGUUUGUGCAGAAGAUGACGGAGAUUGUUGGUUGGGGCACAAAGGAAGAAUAUGGGGCCCUCUUUGACAAAGUGGAUGUGGCCCAAGAUGGCUUCCUUAAUUGGGACAAGCUGACUUCAUUUAUGCUGUUAGCACUUUAUGAGAAAGAUGAACGAGCAAAGGCAACUGUGGUUCCCCAGUGGAAAGACCUUGAAUUCCUCCCAGUGAAACACAAGGACACCAUUCAAAAAGUAAUUUCCUUAAAAAGCUCAAGUCGUUAUCUGACCAUCAGUAAGGAAGGUUUAGUAGGAAUCUGGAGAGAGAAUUUAAAGCUGCAAGAAACGCUUCCCAUCACUUCAGAUGCCGUCAAGCUUAAACAUCUGUGGGUGACAAGUCUGGUUUCUCUGGAAAAUGUAAACAAGAUAGCAGUGGCUUUUACAAGUAAAGAGAUUUGUUUCUAUGAUCUGCUAUCCAAAGAAGAAUUUCCUUGUCAAUAUAAACUCCAAGGCCUGAAAGGAACACCAAUUUGCAUGGAUUAUUGGUAUGACCCUCUUGAUGCCAAUGAAUCAAUUCUUUCUUUUGGGGACAUAACUGGAAAGGUUCAAGCAAUUGCUUUCACGACGGCCUUGAUUUCCCUGUUCGAGCGUCCUGCUAGUGCGUGUGAAGAUGAAGAAGCCACCAUGAGCAUUCACUGGGCGGAACUGCUCUCUGGAUCUCACAAAUGUUGCUAUACAUUGGAGCACAAACUUCAUCGUGGAGAUUGGGUCAGGCAAGUUACUUACAAUGCAUCUUUAGAUGCUAUCAUUUCCAGUACAACCAGCAAUACAAACACUGUGGUGCUGGCUUGGAGAGAGAAAUCAAAAAAGCAACUUAAAAUGACAUCUUUCAACAUUGCCCAGGGCAUUCAUGCUUUUGAUUACCACUCUCGGCUCAAUUUAAUUGCAACUGCUGGCAUUGACAAUAAAGUCUGCCUUUGGAAGCCCUACGUUGUCUCUAAGCCAGUCGGCGUUCUUUGGGGUCACUCAGCCAGUGUAAUAGCUGUCCAGUUCUUUGCUGCAAGAAAACAACUUUUCAGCUUCUCCAGAGAUAAAGUUUUGAGACUCUGGGAUAUCCAGCUCCAGCUGUCCAUCCAGAGGAUAGCUUGUUCUUUCCCCAAAAGUCAGGACUUCAGAUGCCUCUUCCACUUUGAUGAAGCCCAUGGCCGACUUUUCAUCUCCUUCAAUAACCAGCUAGCGUUGUUGGCAAUGAAAAGUGAAGCCAGCAAGAGGGUGAAAAGCCACAAGAAAGCAGUCACUUGUGCUCUUUACAGUUCUGUCUUGAAGCAGGUAAUCAGCUCUGAUGCGGGGUCGACUGUUUCCUUCUGGAUGAUAGACACUGGGCAGAAAAUCAAACAAUUUACCAGUUGCCAUGGCAAUGCAGAAAUCAGCACCCUGGCCCUUGACGCAAAUGAGACACGGCUUUUGACUGGCAGCACAGAUGGAACCGUGAAGGUGUGGGACUUCAAUGGACACUGUCACCACACACUAAAUGUUGGGCAGGAGGGAGCUGUGGAUAUUUCACAGAUCCUGGUUCUUAAGAAGACAAUACUGGUUAUAGGCUGGGAGAGGGCUAUUACUACAUUUCGACUUCAGAACUUCAAUCCAUUUUUCAUCCAGCCUGAAGAAUGGAAAGGAGGAAUACAGCACCAAGACGAUAUCUUGUGUGCUGCAUUUUUACCUCCACAAACUCUUGCUACAGGGAGUUAUGAUGGAGAAAUUGUUCUGUGGAACAAUAGCACAGAAAAUGCUUACUAUGUCCUUCACCCUGAUUACCAGAGGCUGCUAAAAUCAAAAUCGGAUAUGGAGCCUCAAAAGCUUCUCGGUACUGGGAGGAGCCACUCCACCCACCCCAUGGCAGACCAGGCUGCCCUGGGGGCCUGCUCCUUGGAGACUGACACCAACCGCAAUAAUGCCGUUAUGAGGCUUUGCUUCCUUGAAGCAAGAAAAAACAUUGCAGUGACAGGAGGAGCUAACUUGGUGUCCUGUGGAGGAUGGUAUGUCAGAUUCUGGGAUACAUUUAAGAAGCAACUUCUGGCUGAAUUUUUGGCUCAUAGUGGAGUUGGACCCAUUAUUAUGUCUAUUGAUAAGUUGAAUCGAUACCUUGCCACAGGAGAUCCUGAUGGAUGGUUGAAAAUCUGGAAUAUAGAGGAGUACUGUCUUAAUUCCAAUAAGCACAAAAUCACAGAGGCUCCCACUCUGAUAAGGUCGUUCCAACCUCAUGAAGACCAGAUAAGCUCCUUAGAGAUGUGUGAGCUGGUCGGCCGGUUGCUGAUUAUCUCCUCCUCUGCAGACUGCAGCAUUUGUGUGACCGAUGUCUGCUGUGCUCCUGUGUGGAUCUUUGGUCAGGCAAAGCAUUGGCAAAUUGAAAACUGUUUUUCCCUUCCUAAAAGAGAUACUAAUUUAAUGCAAAGUGAGAUUCAAGAAGAAAGCAUAAAGGAAAUUCCUUCACUUUCUAAGGAGGAAUCAUGUUUAGACCCAACAGAACAUUCUCCACUUGAUAAAAAAAAUGAAGAUGACUCAACAUACAAUGUCAGACCAUCAGAAGUCAUAAAUUUAGGUGUGAAAUAUAAGGAAAGAAAUAUCUACAAGAAAAAAACCCAUAACUUUUACAAUGGUGAAGUUAUAGAAAAAUCUUCCAGCAUGUUUCGGUUAUUAAGCAUUGGAGCCCUGAAAGAGCUGCCUGCAGUGGAUAAACCGGCUUUUCUUCUAGACCCUGAGAAAUACUUUAGGAAAGAGCCAGAGGAGGAGUGUCCCCCAAUUCCAGAGCCUCCGUCACUUUCUGAAACUUUGAAAGCUGUAUUUGAUGAGAAAAACCUGUUCCCCAAAGAAAUUCUGGAUCGUGAACGAAGAGCAAAGCAAUUAUGUCCAGAAACAAGUAGUGAAGUAAAGAUAAAGAGAAAUAAGAAGCAAUUAUAGUUGAAAGAAAAAUAAAUAUUUCAUUGUCACGAAAACUGUGUGUAUAAAGUGCAGACAAGGAAUCAAGAAUUCAGACCCUUUCUUUUACUUUAUAUUUGAACUUCAGGAAUUUUUGUUUUCAGACAGUGUUUUAACACUACUUUUAUCCAUCACCAUUCACUUUCUCUGUAUUCUUA